AUGACGCCCUCCACGGACGACCCGGAGUUUGUCUCCGUCACGAUUGACAUCCCACGUCGACAUGCACUCGCUAUUCGGGGUACUACAGGAACCGAAAAUGUCGAAUCGGCUUUGGAUCUCAUCUCGAGCACCUCGCGCGCGGUCUUCAAGGCCGUUAAGGACUUGCCACCCAAGGCAUUCAAUGUACAGCCGCCGCCAGCACCUGAUACCGUGAAACUGGAAGAUACGUACGACAUGCCGAAGGUGCCCUUCUCCAUAGACGAUGAUCGCGAAUUUGCCAUUGGCGUCACUUGGGUCGACAAUCUAUCCUGGUAUCCAUCAAGCCAUACACCACUGCCAUGUCGCAUACCCUCUUCUUGGUAUCGUAGGCAGUUUGAGAUUGUCGCUACCCUCUCCACAACAAUCCAGGGACUCGCUGAGCGGACUGCCAAGGCAAUGGAAUGCACUUUGGAUGCCCAGGACCUGAUAUCCAACGGCAUGUUCUUGUGGGGCAAGCGGAGAUGUAGCGGACUGAGACCACUGCCGGCAGACACUAUGAUUGGCACUCUUGGUAUGGAUCCCACAAAGAAGCCAUUCCUUGACAUGAUUGUGAUCUAUGACCAGGCAACGCGAAUCAGACUCCAGAAGGAACGCAAUGAUGGGACCGAGUUCGAGGCUGCCAGACAUCAAAGUAGAGAGACUCCGUCGAAAGACCAGCAUACUUCAAACGUCAGCAGAGAGCCCUCUCCGUCGAUGCUGCGUGUUUUGGUAAGCGAACCGGAUACCGGUGUACCCAUUCCAUCUGUGCCCAUUCCAUCAGUAACAGCGGAUCCUGAAUCCGAAUAUGCCAUCGACGUGGAAGUACUCGUCCAGAGAGCAGAACCAGGCUCAGCAUUAUCCCUCUGUCGUUCUUCGACAACGAUCAGUCUAAAACAGAGGUUCAACGUCCGGCGCUCUACGACAAUACACAGCUUCGCACAGCUCACCGCUGAUCGGCUUGGAUGUCCACUUGCCAAUCAACUCUUGCACUUCCGUGGCAAGGUUCUCUGGAGCGGCUCCCCUUGGUAUCAGAGACCGCCUGCAGGUAUGACUCUGGGUUCUCUUGGCGUCAUUGGUUCAGAACGGCUUGUGGAGAUGGCGGUGAACGGUGGUACGUGUAGCAAAACCGGCUAA